AACUGCUCAUCGGAAGACACCUGCUCACGAGCAACAGCCUCGAGGUCAGGGGGAGGCGCCACACUGGAUUCCUCCUGGGAACCGCUUGAGAAAGGAGGAUCUGGCACUGACUCUGAAGCCUUCCCCCACAGGUUCUCUGCCUCAGCUGGGGGCGGUGAGCCCGGCUCCUUGGGAAGGGCAUUACUCAUGGGAACUGGCUGAAGAGCUGGCUGCUCCCCUCCCGCUCGUUCCUGUUCAGACACAACAAUCUCCAGCUCUGCCUCUUCUGACUGCAUCAAGGAUGUGGUUCCUCAUAAUCCUGGCAAGUUUGGUCCAAGGCCUUGUAACUUCAGAAACACUUGCGAGAAGGAAAAGAUAUGUGAAUCCAGAAACUACUAUGAAUAUUAGUGAAAUUAUUUCCUUCAGAGGAUAUCCCAGUGAGGAAUAUGAAGUGGUGACAGAUGAUGGGUACAUCCUGAGUAUUAACAGGAUCCCUCAUGGGAAAAUAAGUCAGGGGAGCAAGGAUCCCAAGCCAGCAGUGUUUCUGCAGCAUGGCUUGCUUGCCGAAGGCAGUAACUGGGUGUCAAAUCUGGACUAUAACAGCCUGGGCUUUAUGCUGGCCGAUGCUGGCUAUGAUGUUUGGCUAGGAAACAGCAGAGGUAACACUUGGUCCAGCAAACACAUAAAGUAUACAGUGAAACAAGCUGAAUUCUGGCUAUUCAGUUAUGAUGAAAUGGCUAAAUACGACCUUCCAGCUUCAAUAAACUUUAUCCUGAAGAAAACCAAACAGGAACAAAUAUUUUAUGUUGGCCAUUCCCAGGGCACCAGUGUGGCAUUCAUUGCAUUUUCAACCAUGCCACAGCUAGCUAAGAAGAUAAAAAUGUAUUUUGGAUUGGCACCUGCAACCACCGUAACAUUUUCAUCUAGCCCAAUGGUUAAGCUUGGAAUGAUUCCUGAACUGCUGCUCAAAGAAAUCUUUGGAACGAAGCAGUUUUUUCCCCAGAACAAAAUUGUGAGAUGGCUUGCUACUCACGUGUGUGACCAUUCCUUACUUGAUGAACUUUGUGGCAAUGUGUUCUUCCUACUUUGUGGAUUUAAUGAGAAAAACCUAAAUAUGAGUCGAGUAGAUGUAUAUUCAACACACUGCCCGGCUGGAACAUCUGUCCAGAAUAUCCUUCACUGGCGUCAGACUCUGAAGUCUGGGCAGUUCAGAGCCUUUGACUGGGGCAGCAAGAAAGAAAAUAUGGCUCACUACAACCAAACAACACCACCUUUGUACAACAUAAAACAGAUGACUGUACCAACAGCAAUCUGGACUGGUGGUCAUGACUGGCUUGCAGACCCAAAGGAUGUUGCCUUGUUGCUGACUCAAGUCCCAAACUUAGUUUACCACAAAAAUAUUCCUGAAUGGGAACAUCUGGAUUUCAUCUGGGGCCUCGAUGCCCCACAGCGCAUGUACAAAGAGAUAAUUCAUCUGAUGAAGAAAUACCAGUAAGGUUGUGUUACCAUAGGAGCUGUGAUCCCAAAGUAUUUCUUCAAGAAACCAAGACAGUCAUGCUUGUUUAAAAACAAAUCACUAUGAAAAGAAAUUCCUACAUUCUUAAAUACAUACAGUAAUACAUACAGUAUUAAACUGUAUGGGCAGUUUAGUAAUACCUUUUUGCACUGCUUACAAGUAUUUAAAUCCAUCUUUAAUUGAGGUGUUGAAAUGCAACUUAAGCGGUGGUCUCAUCACGAUAGUCCUGAGGAAAGGAAAUGCCUUGCCACUAAGUUUACACAGUAAUGAAUAUCUGAAAGUAAAAUUGAUCUCCCCAAACUUUGUUAUGGGGGAUGGGGUGGAAACAAGAUCUGAUUAAAGCCUUGCUAACGUCUGAGAUGUUGACAAAAUGAGAGCCAGUUUUUCCAGAGCUUUUAAAAACAAGUUCUUGUCUUCACUCCACUACCCAACACAGAAUUUGGGAAGAUCAGCUCUACUUCCAUUCAGAAUGGGCUGGUCAUCUUGCAGACUUAUUUCCAAGUGUGCCUAGCAUUUAAACUUUCACUGGUGUUAUCAUAGUUUGAAUAUCUUGGCUGACUUUGCACAUUACAAGAAGAAAACAACACGCUCCAGAGGUUAAGUGUUCCCAGCAUGGGAUUCUUCUAGAACCCUCUUGAGUGUUGGUUGUUGUAGUCUGCUAUAUUCUGAAGUACGUUGCAUGGACUGCUCUGGAACAACUCAGGUACAAGUGUUUUAUAGCUGCACCCUUGUGAACAAAGCAGAAAAUCAUGUUGUAAAGCUGGUUAAGUUUUGGUAGACAACUCGUAUAUGGCCAGGAAUUAAAAUGCAUGCCUCAAAAUGUGUGGCAUUGCAGCACUGAAAAAAACAGUACAUAUGUCUCUUUCAAAUGGGAGCUGCAUGAAGGGCAGGCUUCUAGUUAUAGCUUUGGAAAUAGAUGAAAGUAUUAAAUCUUCCAACAUUAAUAUUUCUCGUAAGGCUUAAUGUGGAGCUAGAUGGGUUAAUGUUCUGACUUGGUGUCAUAUUACCAUCCUAAUAACUCAGACCCAAACACAUCUUGGGCCUUUUUCUGUAUCAAAGGAGUGUGAUGAGAAUAAACUGAGACGCAUUCAAAGUUGAGAUGAAAUGAAGGGAAAUAUUCAUGCUAACAUACAACAAACAACACUCUUUUUGUAGCUUCACAGGGCCAUACAAGUUGGUUUAAAGAAAAGUGUUCUCUUUUUUAAAAGCAAUGCUUACUUGGCAACUUACAUUCUGUUCUUUGAAGGUGCACUUGGUGUUCUGCAUUGAUGAAGUGAAUUGCAGCACAUUGAUUGGCUAACAAAGAUGCUUUAUCAAUUACAUUGUGCCUGUAGUCUUAUGCUUUUUUUAAAACUUCUGCAAAGUGAGAGUUGGAAAUCGGUAACUUAACUUGUAAUUCAUGAUGCUUGAAUAAAACUUUUUUUUAAUCUAAAAAAUA